UUCACCCCACUAUACGACUUAUCCAGCCAAAAGAACAUCACGCUACUUCUCUCAACCCUCGAAAGUGUCCAAAAAACUUCCAUAGGAACAAACUCUCAUGACUCGAACUCAACUGAUACGUUCCUCUCCCCCCUGCCACCGCCUGGUUCUACUACUAGUGCUACUUCUGCACCCAUGUCACCGGAAACUUGCGGAGGCCGCCACCACCGGAGGCCAGUGGGCUCUACUCCAAUCAAGCAUUGGUAUCACAUCCAUGCACAUGCAACUCCUCAACAAUGACAAAGUGGUCAUUUAUGACAGGACAGAUUUUGGCCCCUCCAAUAUUUCGCUGGCCAGUGGCAAAUGCAGGUAUGACCCCCAAGAGCAAGUCCUGAAAGUUGACUGCACUGCGCAUUCUGUUGAAUACGACGUCGCUACAAACUCCUUUCGCCCCCUCACAGUCCUCACUGAUGUCUGGUGCUCCUCCGGCUCCCUCAUGCCCGACGGCACUUUCGUCCAGACCGGCGGCUUCAAUGAUGGGGACCACGUGGUUCGACUUUACAAGCCAUGCAGUUCUGGUAGCAACUGUGACUGGCAAGAAAUUAAUAACGGGCUAAUACAAAGGAGAUGGUAUGCUACAAAUCAUAUUUUACCCGACUCCAGCCAGAUCAUCAUCGGUGGCCGCCGCCAGUUCAACUAUGAGUUUUAUCCCAAGACAGCGGCAACUAACCAAGUCUUUAAUCUGCGGUUUCUCGUCCAGACCAAUGAUCCUGUGGUAGAGAACAACCUGUAUCCAUUUGUCUUCCUAAAUGUGGAUGGAAAUUUGUUCAUUUUCGCGAACAAUCGAGCUAUUUUGCUGAACUAUAAGAAAAAUAUCGUGGUGAAAAACUACCCACAGCUGCCUGAUGGUAAUCCUAGGUGCUAUCCCAGUACGGGUUCUGCUGUUCUUCUACCGCUGAGGAACCUUCAGGGGCCGGCCAUUCAAGCUGAAGUUUUGGUGUGCGGCGGCGCGCCGAAGGGUGCGUACGCUAGCGCACAAAAGGGUAACUUCAUGGGUGCAUUGAAUACUUGCGGUAGGAUUAGCAUAAACGAUCCAAACCCACAAUGGGUGAUGGAGACCAUGCCGUUGGCUAGGGUCAUGGGUGAUAUGUUGUUACUACCAAAUGGCCACGUUGUGAUGAUUAAUGGGGCAUCAGCUGGGACUGCUGGUUGGGAAUACGGUCGUAACCCGGUUCUCAGCCCGGUUAUUUAUCGACCCAACAAGACAAUUGGGUCAAGAUUCGAGGUACAAAAUCCGUCCACCAUUCCGAGGAUGUAUCACUCUACCGCAAUUUUGCUUCGUGAUGGUCGGGUACUCGUUGGUGGUAGCAACCCGCACAUGUUGUACAAUUUUACCGGAGUACUUUACCCUACUGAAUUAAGCUUAGAAGCCUUUUCACCCUCGUAUCUGGAUCCCGGAGUUGCCGACUUGCGCCCACGGAUCAUCUCACCCGCGUCGCAAUCUCAAAUCGGGUAUGGGCAACAGUUGGUGAUCCGGUUCUCCGUUUCAGGGCAGCUAAAGGGGAAUUUGGUCACGGUGACAAUGGCUGCACCCUCUUUUAACACACAUUCGUUCUCUAUGAAUCAGAGGCUUUUGGUGCUUGGUGGUGACAAUGUGAAAAUCGCUGGGAAUUCAACUUAUCAAACGGCGGCUGUUUUGACACCUAGCACCAGCAGCCUUGCACCAUCCGGGUUCUAUCUUCUCUUUGUGGUGCACCAAGAUAUUCCGAGCCAAGGCAUUUGGGUCCAUCUCCAGUAAAUAUUUAAUUAUAGACAGUAAAAAAUAAUAUCCUCUCAUAUAAUUCAUUUGCACAGGGAUUAUACAUAGGGAAUAAGGCUUCCAACUCAUAGGACUCACACCAUAUGUAAUACGUAAUACGUACGUACAUUGAAUUUGU